CCUAUGAACCCCUCGGCGAGCUUCUUCGCCGGGCGCCAGAACAUCAAGUCCGAGUUUGAGAUCUCCACGGAGGAGAAGCAGCGGAAGGAGCUGCAGCUGCUCAUUGGAGAGCUGAAAGACCGCGACAAGGAGCUCAACGACAUGGUGGCGGUGCAUCAGAGGCAGCUGCUGUCAUGGGAGGAGGACAGGCAGAAGGUGCUGACACUGGAGGAGCGCUGCGGCAAGCUGGAAGGCGAGCUUCACAAGAGGACAGAAAUCAUCCGGUCACUCACAAAGAAGGUCAAAGUGCUCGAGUCCGGCCAGCUCGAGUGCCAGACAGUGCUGCAGAAGACACAGCUGCAGCUGCAAGAGAUGGCUCAGAAGGCGACCCACUCCGCCCUGCUCUCCGAGGACCUGGAGGCUAGAAACGAGAAUCUCAGCAACACGCUGGUGGAGCUCUCUGCCCAGGUGGGACAGCUGCAGGCUCGGGAGCAGUCGCUCACGACCAUGAUCAAGCUCAAGGACAAAGACAUCAUUGAGGCAGUCAACCACAUCGCUGACUGCUCGGGGAAAUUCAAGCUGCUGGAACAAGCGCUACGUGACGCCAAGAUGGCGGAGACGUGCAUCGUGAAAGAGAAGCAAGAUUAUAAGCAGAAAUUAAAGGCGCUUAAGAUUGAAGUCAGUAAGCUCAAAGAAGACCUCAACCAGAAGACCACCGAGAACAACGAGCAGCGCGAGGAGAUCAUCCGCCUGAAGCAGGAGAAGAGCAGCCUGGGCGACGAGCUGCUCUGCACCGCGGAGAGGGAGAAGAGGAAGGACGAGCUGCUGGACAUCGCCAAGUCAAAGCAGGAGCGCACGAGUGCCGAACUGCACAGCCUGCGGCAGAUCUAUGUGAAGCAGCAGAGUGACCUGCAGUUUCUGAACUUUAAUGUGGAAAAUUCUCAAGAAUUCAUCCAGAUCUACGACUCUAAGCUGGAGGAACCCGACAGCCUGGAGUGCAGCAGAGGCCUGUGCCUGUCAGAACUUGAACUUAACCACUCAAAGGUCCUCAAGAGGGAGAAACAUGCGGAGCUGCUGGCCAGGGAGCCGGAGCUGGAGGCGGUGCUGGCCCCGAGGCCGGCCAAGGGCCACUGCGAGGCCUGCAGCGGGAGGAGGCUGCAGGCGGGCCCGGCGCGCGCGGAGAAGGGCGUGCUGCUGCCCCGGUGCCCGCUCACCAGGGACCUGGCAGAAAAGCCCAAGCCCUGGCCUCCGGGAGAGAAGCCCCAGCCGGAGCCAGAGGGCACAGCCCCGCCGUGCAAGGCCCCGGCCAGGCUGCCUCCGGGCACCAGAGAUGCGCUCGUGGGCGAGGAGCGGCCACUCCCGGAGGCACCGAGGCCUGGCGACACGCAGUGGCACGACGUAAGUGCCUACCUGGGCCUGGCCAGCUGCCCCGGGACAAGACAGCCAGAGCAGCUGGCAGAGCAGUGCCGGGGGCACAUGGAAAUGGCGGGUGACUCCUGCUGCCAGAGGGCCGAGGCUUGCCCGGGGGACGGUGCCACGUGUGAGGCUCCGUGCUGCCACCCCAGCAACCUGGUUGUGGAAGCGCCUGGCCCCGUGUCCGACGCCGAGUGGAUGAGCAUCUUCAAGCCUUCCAGAACACAGAGAAUCGUGCGCCACAGAUCCGUCUGUACCUGUUCAGGGAGCGUUCGUGGGACGAAAUACAACGCCUCCACGAGGGAGCUGAGCGCCAUCCAGCAGGCCCACUCUCCGGGCUCCUCCCAGCCUGCCUCGCGGGAGGACGAGGCCUCCUCGUGUGACAGAAAGAGCCCCGCGAAUGAGCCCGAUGGCUUCUCGCCCACCAGCAAGCUGCAGCGUCUGCUGGCUGAAUCCCGGCAGAUGGUGACCCACCUGGAGCUGAGCACCCUGCUGCCCGUCAGCUGCAAGGCUGCCGGCCCCGGGCCCGAGCGCUCCGGAUUCAUCUCGUAG